UAUAUUUAUUGGGAAAUCAUAUGUACUUUAUGUACAUAGUGAGAAGAGGUGUUGUUUUCGAAAAGAACAAAAAUUAUAAAAUAUUCAGGCAUUCAGCUUGGAAUCCACAAGGCUUUCAUGGGAAGAAACAAAACAAGCACCUCCCUGCAGGCCCUGACAGAGGCAGGAGGUGCCCGCAUCUUCCUGUGUGUGGAUGGGGGCCAGGGUGCGAGGGCGCUUGGCCCUGCAUGCUGCCUUCUGCUGCCCACAUUCCUGCGGCUUCGCAGGCCUGGAAGCGGUGCUGGCCGUAGCCCUCUGGAGCAUGAGGGCCCCAGCCCCUCUGUGCCUUUCAGCGUCUGACCCCAGUGGGCCUCAGCACCUUGGCUGGCCGAGGGCCUCCUUCCCCACAUCAUGAAGCUCUGGGACCCGGCUCCCUCACAGACUUGGGGUGCAGAGGGCAGGCCACCCUGGUCCCCUAUCCCCAGACUCCAUCACAGGUCAGCGGCCGUACUGGUCCCCGCUCAGCCCUCCACGGGCAUCAAGCGGAGACCAAGACUCCCGCCUGGGCUCUCCCAGCCCUCCCUCAGGUGGGAGUGCCAGGGCACGCCUGCCACCUGGCUCAGCAGAGCAGCUUCCUGUGCACGUGUGUAUGCAUGUGUGUGCGUGUGUCUGUGAUGGGUGAGGGGCUGGGAAUGAAGACUCAGUCCCUACCUGAGCCAGGAUAGGAGGGGAUGGCUGAGCUUUAGGGGGGCUGGAAGGGGCAGGCCCAGAGCCCCCCUGCCCUCAGCUACCCAGCCCUGUGGGACACCAUGCCAGUCACUCAACUUGUCUGGGUACUAUGCCCAGCACAGGCCCUGGUCGGCGGCAGCCCUGCUCUGCAGGCCUCUGGUGAGAGCUCUCCCUGCCAUAGUCAGGGACACAGGACCUCCUGGCCUGCACUAGGUCUGGAGCUUGGAGAUGUUGGGAGCCUGGGGCGAGCUAGGCUCAGGGCAGAGAGGAGCUGCAAGGAGGCUCAUGCUGGAGGCACACAGGGCACUGGGCAGAGGGGCAGCCAGCUGAGGGACAGGGUGUGUGGAGGCGGAAACCUUGCGUUCCAGCAUGGGAAGACCCGGAGGGGCAGGUGCAAGGGUGGGCCGGUGGAGAUGAGCCCAGGGAGGCUGGGCCACAGUGGAGCUCCGGUUUGAUAUGCGGCAGCUGGGGGCUGUGCCGGGCUCUGCAGCAAGGAGAGGUGGGUGGGAGUGUGGGAAGCUUCCCCGGGGCAUGUGGGGAAAAGGUGAAGUGGGACCCGGAGUGUGGCGGGAGGGCAGGGGGACAGGCGAGGACGGGUGGGUGCACAGAGUGGACAGUUGUUUGGGUGGCUGACAGGAUGGAGGAGGUGGGGGGCCCCGUCCUGAGCUCAAGGAAAGGAGGGCUCUGGUAAAGGGGCCCUGGAAAGAUGGGGGUUGCAGUGCAGGCAGGCAGCGUCUGGAGGCCCUGGAGAGCCCUAACUAGUGCUUAGGGCUGGGGAUGCAGGUGUGAGAGCCUGGGCCCUGUGAGGAGGCCCAGCAGGGCAGGGAGGGCGCAGGAAGAGAAGGGCCUGCAGCGAGGAGCAGUGCACAGAGGCAGAGUGGGGGGCGUCCAGAGGGUGGGAGUGUCCAUGGCCACACUGGGUUGGCCUGGUGGCCCAGGCCCAGGGCAGGCAAGGAAGCCAGGGACUUCCACCUCCGGCUCCCCUGGGUCUGCCAGCUGCCUGGGGCACCUCGUGCUGCUCUGGGAAAGGGCUCACUCAUCCCUGGGAUUCGGGAGAGGCUGGGCUCAGUAGCGAGGCCAGAGCCACGUUCAUACCCGCACCUCCCUCCCGGCCUGAGGGUGGACUGUGGGGCACGGCACCUGUCUGGAUCCACCAGAAGCGGGCAAACACCACCAGGUUCUGGCUCAGCACACGGACAGGAGUCAAGAGAAACCGAAAGAACCACAAAAGGACCGCGGAGCUGGCCACGCCGGGCGGGUGGCUCCGAGCAGACCUCAGACACCAGCCAUGCCCGUGGUUGGCAGAUGGCCUUUAAGGGCAGCGUGCUGCUUCCAGAGAGGCCGAGUUCACUGUAGAAAACCUGGUAGCUGGCGCCCAGAAGCUCUGGGGCACGGAAGCGCAGGGGCACGGGAACCCCAAACAAGACGGCAGCUGAGGCUGUGGGAGCCGUGGCCCUUCCCCCUCUGGGACCCAGCGUAAGAGGGGUCUGCACUGCACGGUCAGGAGUCGCAGGCUGAGUCCUGCGGGCUGGGGCUCACAGGUACAACGUCCCACCCCUUUCUGUGCGGGGGGUGCGAGGGGGGACCCUCCAGGAGCUCAGCAUGAGUCUGACACCGGCACAAAAGGCCCGCCUACCUCGGCCAAUGUUCACGCUCACGUCUCCAAAUGCUCACGUUACCAAGGUAAGCAUUAGUCUAAAAACCCGUCCACAUGACCCAGUGCGGCACACCAGCGCCCCUGACGUCCCCGCACGGCUAGUGGGGCGUUUGCUUCUUGGGCCAGCACGACGGCUCUCUGCAGAACAGCCCCGACCAGAACCUGGAGCCACAGGAACGCAGCGCCAGAGACUUAGGGCUGGAGGACUAGUCGCGGGUCGGCGAGGGACUCAGGUUUCUCUCCAAAGCCUCCCGAGUGCUCCGCACGGGUCCCAUCGGCUACCUCCUCCACGCCCUCGCCCGGCCCCCCUCGGGGCUGGCGGGGAAACGCCGCCAGACCCACACGGCUGGGGACGCCCCACACCUGCGAACAACCCCGGGCUGCGCAAGCCACGACUGCCAGGGGGUCCCGGCUGCGACCUCCUUCGGAAGGAGCCCCGCCUUUCCAGCGCAAGGCUGCGCAGGGCCCCCGCUCCGCCCCGCGCACCGCCCCGGCAUCGCCCCGCCCCGCCCCGCCAGGUGCUCCCCUCCUCUCCCGUGCUCAGCCCCGGGUGCCGAGCCCGCCGCCACACGACACGCGCGCGCGGGGCGGACCAUCCUCCACCGCCCCAGCGCCAGGACCCAGCGGGCCGCCCUCUGCUCAGUCCCCGGAGAAGACGCCCUACUGGGACGCGAGGUCCCAAGACGCGGCAGGCUCGGGCCAGGCACAGUCGAGGCUGGAAACGCGGGCAGGAGAGAGGGCCCGCGGGGGACGCGGCCCUCGGGGUGCCCACCGGGCCAGGCACCCAGACAAAAGCCAGACCCCCGCCUUUUCCCUCGUCCCGGACCACGUGGCAGUCUCACGCCCCUGUAGCCACCGAGGCCUGCGCAAGGGUCCCUUCCUACCCCCGUUCUGGAGGUGCGGAAACAGACCCACAGAGGCCCAGUGAUCCUGCAGCAAGCUGGAGGCUUCAUACCAAGUGCAAGGAGGGUGUGGAACCCUGCGGACCCCGACUUUCUACUCUGGAGUGCCAGGCAGGCCUGCCCUCCAGGAGUUGGGCCUCACACUCCCUGGAGCCCUGGAUGAGGGCUGACCAGGCAGGGGACCGGUGUGCCCAGGGACAGAAGUCUGCACACCACAUGUGGUCCUGCAAUCAGGCUCGUGUGCACGCAGCACACACACACACCGGCACACGCCUUCCCAUGGGAAGAAGCACCCGUUUGCACAGCUUCAGGCCCAGAUGUCAUAAUGGAGCCACCAGAAGCAAGGGAGCAGCCCAGGGGGCUACAAAUGGAGACCCAGGCCCCUGACACCCCGGCCAGCGUGGAGUCCCUGCAGCUGUCUUGAGGCAAGAGGUGGGAAGAGCCUGAGCUUCCUGCCUCUUUGCCUCUGCUGGGCUGUGCAACCUUGAACAACGUUCUCGCUGUGUGCCUCAGUUUCCCCUGUGGACAUGUGGAAGGGUGAAGAGUAUUCCCAGACUGUUCCCAGGAGAAAAAGGCAUGAGUGGUUGGGCUCGUCUGGAUAGGCAAGCAGCCUACCUGCCCAGUGUGUGAACAUCAGGGCCCUGUCUGGCUCCUGGGAGCCCCUGGCACACACACAGGCCCUCCCUACCAGCUGCAGCUCCCGCCAGGAGGCCAGCUGGUGGACGGUUGUUCCUCCCAGGCGGUAGUGUAGGAUGCACUGUACCUGUACCUGUGAGAAUUAGGAUCAGAGAAUGGGGGCAGCUGCUGAGUAACAGGGCUCCGGCUGCCUGCCUGCCCCAACGGGGCAAGGAACCUCAACAAACCCCAGUGGCCGGGGAAUGCGCUCAUCAGUCUAGAACUUCUUCCAUCAUGUGGGAGGUUCUCUGGCUGAGGAGACUGGGUUCCUGUGAGUCAAGAAAAUGUCCCUGGCCACUUGCCACCCGCUGGGGGCCGGAGGUGACAGCCCAGGCAGUGUCCCCACAGCCUGCGGUUUCCCCAGGCUCAGGGCAGGCACUGAGGGGGCUGAGUUCAAAGCUGACUGUGCCACAGGGGCCGCUGCCACCAGCUGCCUCCCAAGGCCCCCACAGGGAGGCGGGGGCUGGUGGGCUGGAUGCCUUCCUCCAGAGCAGUGGUGCCCCAAACCUCAGCUGCCAGGGUGCCAAACUCUGUGAUGAUUUCAUGUGGCUGCAGCAGCUGGCGGGUAGGGCCGUGGGGUGCAGCUCUGCAGCUUCCUGCUGCUGUUCUGGGGAUGGCGAGGGCCUGAGGUUCAGAGCAAGGUGGGCUUGGGCGGCUGUGCGGAGGGGGGCAUGUCCCUCCGAGGCCCUCAGCUCCUCCUAACCCCCUUCUCCAUGCCAGAGGAGGGGCAGGGUGAGAACACAGGCCUUGCUUG